UUUUCUUCUUCCCCUCAAUUGAUCCCGCCCUUGCUUUCUGAGUUUCGUCUGUUGUUGCUUUGCAAUAUAUAGACAGUCACUGCAAUUGAUACGACAGCAUAUAACAGCGUCGCCGUCCCCCUUUCCUCCUCCUGCCGCCAACUCCCCGCACCACCGCACUUCGGAACGCUUCCGAGCCGCAUUACUGCACAAUGGACGGCGACCAAUUCAGGACAGCAGCCCACGCGACAAUCGAUGACAUAAUCGGCCACCUGGACAACGUGCACACAAAGCGCGUCCUCCCCACCGUCGAACCAGGCUACCUGCGCCCGCAAAUCCCCUCCGCGCCGCCCUCCGAGCCCGAAGAAUGGGCCACCAUCCAAGCCGACGUCGACGCGAAGAUAAAACCAGGACUGACGCAAUGGCAGUCCCCCAACUUCAUGGCCUUCUUCCCGGGCACUGUCUCCUACCCCAGUAUCCUGGGCGAGAUGUACUCGGCGGCGUUCAAUGCGCCGGCGUUUAACUGGCUGUGCUCGCCGGCGUGUACGGAGCUGGAGACGAUUAUGAUGGAUUGGAUGGCGCAGGCGAUGGGGCUGCCAAAGUGUUUUCUGAGUAACUCGGAGAAUAAGGGUGGAGGUGUUAUCCAGAUGAGUGCGAGUGAUGCUGUUGCGACGGUGAUGAUUGCCGCGCGGGAGCGGAGUGUGCAGCAGCAGGCCAAGAGCGAGGGGUUGAAGGAGGGGACGAUCGAGUAUGAGGACCGGGUAAUGGAGCUGAGGCCUAGACUUGUCGCGCUGAGCAGUACCCAGACCCAUAGCAGCACGGCGAAGGCGGCGCUGCUGGCGGGCACGCGGUACAGGAGCAUUAAUGUGAGCUUGGAGAAUGAUAUGGCGUUGACGGGCGCGGAUCUGCGAGGGAUGCUGGAGAAGCUGGAUGCGGAUAAUCUGACUCCCUACUUUAUCACGCUGUGCUUUGGGUCGACGAAUUCCUGUGCGGUCGAUCGCUUUGCGGAGAUUGUGGCCGUGCUUAAGGAGAAGCCGCACUGGCAGCGCAUCUGGGUGCACAUCGAUGCGGCGUAUGCUGGCUCUGCGCUGAUUGCGGACGAGUGGCAGUACAUUGCAAAGGAUUUUGAGGAGGGCGUUGACAGCUUCAACAUGAACAUGCACAAAUGGCUGCUGGUCAAUUUCGAUGCUAGUCCCCUUUACGUCCGCAACCGCCACGACCUCACCGACUUCCUCGACAUCACCCCGGCGUACCUGCGUAACCCCUUUUCUGAAUCCGGGCAGGUAAUCGACUACCGCAACUGGUCCAUCCCGCUUGGCCGGCGAUUCCGCGCACUGAAGAUCUGGUUCGUUAUUCGCAGCUACGGUCUGAACGGACUGAAGGAGUACGUCCGCAAGGGCAUCACGCUUGGAAAUAUCUUUUCGGAUCUGCUGCGGAGCCGUGCAGACCUUUUCGAGAUCAUCACCAAGCCGGUAUUCGGCUUGACAGUAUUCCGGGUGAAGGCGCCCAAGUCGGCCAAUGCAAAUGGUGCCCUGGUCAAUGGGUCGACUGUGGCUAAGCCGGAUGAGAAGUCCGAUGCUGUGACCAAGGAGGUGUAUGAGCUUGUGAACGCGCGGGGAGAAAUCUUUAUCACUUCGACUGUGAUGGCUGGGAUCUAUGCUAUUCGUGUUGUGAGUGCCAACGAGCGUGCCGACGAGAAGUACAUUCGCCGCGCGUUUGAGAUUCUGGUCAACACUGCCGAGGAAGCACUUCAAAAGGUGCAGUAAAUUUGGAAUACAUAGAAACUAUGCAGACUUUGUAUAUACCCAUAUAAAACUGGGGAAAUUGGGGGAAUGUAGAUAUAUAGAGGUAUUAUUUGAAUGGAUGUUAAGG